CCAGUAAUGAUUAUUUUUUUUUGUAAAUCGCUGUUUUUAAGAGAGUGGUAUAAUUUUGGUUUGGCUAUGGGAGCAAUAUUUUAAAUACAUUCUUCAUUUAUUAUUUCAAAAAUUAAAUAAAAUUGUUACGACAUAAUUUUCAGCAUUCGAGGGUAUAUGACAAUUAAUCCCCUCAACAUUUAUGCUACUAUCCAGAUUUGUUGUAGUAACACACAUAACUUACAGUAGUGUGUUAUGGUAAACGUUUCUAUGGAUACAACAAUUCUGUUUAUUGUUAUUUUACUAAAAUUCGUUACUACUGUUCUUUUUUAACACGCUUAUAUUAGUUUCACAUUAUCUAUAAAUUCGCAGUAAUAAGACACUAGUCUGUGGUAAUAAUGUGUAGUUUAAAUAAGUAAAUAUGUCUGAUAAUGGAAUAUUUCUAAUAUCAGCAGUUGGUCAGAUAGAAAAAGCACAUUUUCCUGAUUUUGACAAUAUGUACUGCAAGUACGCUUUUGUUUACGGACCCGAUUGGGAAAUAGUAACAGGUAUGGAAGAAGGUAUUUCUCAAAUAGCUAAAAAAAGCCAAGAUGAGAGACAAAUCAUAGUUUGGAAUUUUCCUUUGGACAUUUGUUUCAAAAGUACCAAUCCUCAUGGAUGGCCACAACUAAUUAUUAGUGUUUAUGGCUUAGACACAUUUGGUAAUGAUGUUGUUAGAGGUUACGGAGUAUGCCAUCUUCCAAUUGUUGCAGGAAAAACAAUAAAAUCUGUGACUAUGUUUGUACCUGAAUCAAGUUCAUUGUUACAAAAAGUUACUUCAUGGUUAACUGGUAGAAGACCAGAAUAUGUUGAUGCUCGGUUAUUAGCCAAGGGAGAUGGAAGAGAAGUGACAAGAGUUCGUAGUCAAGGUAAUGUAAGCAUUUGCUUCGACAUUUUUUUUAAAGACUUCCAUCAUUAUGGUUUUGAAAAUAAUUCAUGAAGUAAUAUUUCAAUAAAAAAUUACUCUCAAUAUUAA